AUGGACGCAGGGCCCCGGGAGCGCGGGGGCCGCUGCCCUGCCCCCUGCAAGCUGGUCCCCGUCGGCUUUCGGGCUGAGGCGUGGAGGCUCUUGGUCCUGUCUGGACCCCUGUUCCUGUUCCAGUUGCUGUCCUUCAUGAUCUAUGUCGUGAGCUCGGUGUUCUGUGGGCACCUGGGCACAGUGGAGCUGUCGUCCGUGACCCUCUCCGUGGCCUUCGUCAAUGUGUGCGGAGUCUCCGUGGGCCUCGGCUUUUCCUCAGCGUGUGACACCUUGAUGUCCCAGAGCUUCGGCAGCCCCAACAAGAAGCACGUGGGCGUCAUCCUGCAGCGGGGCGCGCUCAUCCUGCUGCUCUGCUGCCUCCCCUGCUGGGCGCUCUUCCUCAACACCCAGCACCUCCUGCUGCUCCUCAGGCAGGACCCGGCCGUGGCCAGGCUAACCCACGAAUACGUGCUGAUUUUCAUGCCCGCACUUCCGGUGAUUUUUCUUUACAACCUGCUGGCAAAAUAUUUGCAAAAUCAGGGGAUCGUCUGGCCCCAAGUCCUCAGCGGCCUCGUGGGCAACUGCAUCAACGCCUUGGCCAACUACGUCCUGGUUUUGGUGCUGAGCCUGGGGGUCAGGGGCUCUGCCUACGCCAACACCCUCUCCCAGUUCGUGCAGACCGUCUUCCUGCUGCUCUACAUCGUGCUGAGGAAGCUGCAUCUGGAGACGUGGGCAGGCUGGUCCGUGCAGUGCCUGCAGGACUGGGGCCCCUUCUUCUCCCUGGCCCUCCCCAGCAUGCUCAUGAUCUGCAUCGAGUGGUGGGCCUACGAGAUCGGCAGCUUCCUCAUGGGCCUGCUGAGCAUAGUGGACCUCUCUGCCCAGGCCAUCAUCUACGAGGUGUCCACAGUCACCUACAUGAUUCCCAUGGGGCUCAGCAUCUCUGUCUGCGUCCGAGUGGGGACGUCCCUGGGAGCUGCAGACACGGUGCAAGCCCAGCGCUCCGCCGCCUCAGGCGUCCUCUGCACAGUUGGCACCUCGCUGGUCAUCGGCGCCCUGCUGAGCCUCCUGAAAAACGACCUGGGCUCCGUCUUCACCCAUGAUGAGGAGGUCAUCGCCCUGGUGGACAAGGUCAUGCCCGUCUACAUCGUCUUCCACCUGUUUGAGGCCAUCUGUUGUGUCUACGGCGGAGUCCUCAGGGGCACCGGCCGGCAGGCCUUCGGGGCCGUGGUGAACGCCAUCGCCUACUACGUCGUCGGCCUCCCGCUGGGCAUCGUUCUGGCCUUUGUGGUCAGAAUGAGGACCAUGGGCCUCUGGCUGGGCAUGCUGGCCUGCGGCGUGCUGGCGGCGGCGGCCCUGGCGGCCUACACUGCGCGGAUGGACUGGGCGCGGGCGGCCGCGGAGGCUGAGAAGUACGCGGGGCUGCGGCGGCAGGGCACCGAGCACCCCGCGAGCGGGGCCCCCAGAGCCAGGCCCGAGGAAGCGGCCGUGUCUGCAGUGGCCACAGGCACCUGCCCUGGCGUCUCCCUGACCAAGUUCUCGAGCCCCGGGUGCCACGCGGACCUCUUCAGGACGCCAGACGCAGCCCUGGCCCCCCCAGCUCCUCCCGGCGGGCUGUCGGGGAAGCAGCUGGCCAUCCGCCGCGGCGCUGCUCUGGGGGCCGCGUCGGCCACGCUGACCGUGGGGCUCGUGGUCAGCAUCCUGGCCUCCAGGCGCUAG